AUGGACGACUUUGACGAGGAAGCGUUCAAGAAGUUUUUUCCUUCUAGCUUCGGGAAGCAAGAAAAGAAGUUCGAUGCCGAGAGUCAGGUCAACCGGACCAAACGUGCGGAGGUCUCUGUGCCGGCUCCAGAAGCUGAGGCGCGAAACCUAACCCCAGCUAGUCCAGCCGAGGGAAAGCAACCUCAGGAGCCCAAUGAUAACGAUAACGACGAUUCAAAUGACUCGGACGACGAUGACUCGGACGAUGACGAUGAAGACGAAUUUCCAGUCUCCCACGAGAUGGUCUUACACACUCAUGAGCGCGCAGUGACGACAGUCACCUUGGAUCUUUCAGGCGCGCGAAUGAUUACAGGCUCAAGGGACUGUACUCUGAAGCUCCACGACUUCGCUUCCAUGACACCAUCAACGAUCCGUGCGUUCAAAUCGGUCGAUCCAUCCUUCAAAAAGACAUCAGCCGCCCAAGACACCCAUGCCGUUCACUAUGCCGCAUUCAAUCCUCUUUCGCCGAGCCAUGUCCUGGUCGUGACCGCCACUCCCCAGCCUCGGAUUCUUGACCGAGAUGGUGAAACAGUGACAGAAUUUGCGAAGGGCGACAUGUACUUGCGAGACUUGAAUAAUACGAAAGGUCAUAUCGCUGAAGCAACCGGUGGUGUCUGGUGUCCUUCGGACUACAACCUUUGCGCUACUGCUGGCUCGGAUAGUACAGUCCGCAUAUGGGAUGCAAACGUUGGUAUGUCGCAAAAGCAUGUGAUCAUGCACAAGUCCAAGGUUGCUGGGUCUGCUGGGCGGACUAAGAUGACCGCUGUUACAUGGGGCUCCCCAAAGCAGGGUGGAUCGAAUGUCUUGGUGACUGCUGCUCUGGAUGGCAGCUUAACUAUGUACAGUGGAAAUGGGCCUUUCCAUCGACCCAGUGCUGAAGUACGUGACGCUCAUACCAGAGACACUUGGACCAGUGGGCUGGAUAUCAGCGCCGAUGGACGACUUGUUAUUUCUCGCGGCGGCGAUGAUACCAUCAAGCUUUGGGAUACGCGCAAAUUCAAGUCCCCUGUGACUACGGUCCAGCAUAAAUCGACAUCGGAGCGCUACCCUACCUCGAACAUUCAAUUCUCUCCUUCAUCAGCCAAUGUACUCGUGGGCUCAGAGACUGGCCAUCUUCAUAUCCUGAACCCAGCAACGCUGAAACCCGAACUCGUCACCCCUGUGACUCCAGGGUCUCCCUUGAUUUCUGUCUUAUGGCACGAGAAACUAAACCAAAUCAUCACCGGCUCUGCAAAUGCUGAAACUCAUGUUCUCUACAAUCCUACCAGCUCUACCAAGGGUGCAUCACUUGUCAUGUCCCGGGCUCCCAAACGCCGUCAUGUCGAUGAUAAUUCCGCUUUCACAACUGAUACUUCAGGGGCCCUCUCUGGAGACUCGGUUGUGGUUGGCAGCAACGGUGUGCCUCAGUACAGCUCGGCAACAUUUUCUUCCCGUCACCCCAAUGUUGGCUUGACAGCCUCUGGACGCUCCCGCGAUCCUCGCCGUCCACAUAUCCCAGCCGUCACACCUUUUGCUAAGUCUACGCCCGAUGAGAAACAUGUGCGCGAGCAUAUUCCUCUCAGUUCUAUGCGCGAUGAAGAUCCUCGUGAAGCGCUGUUGAAAUAUGCCGAAAAGGCCGAAAAGGACCCUAUCUUUACUCGAGCGUAUCAAGAAACUCAGCCCAAGCCAAUUUACGCAGAACUGAGUGAUGAAGAAGAAAAGCCAGAAAAGAAAAAGGCUCGACGUUGA